ACAUCCAUCUCAUCCUCAUCACAACUGCCAUCCCCUGCCACUCCAAUCUCUGACUUAUUCUUCUUGCCAGGGGACUCUGAGUUGGGAAAGGAAAGCAGUAGAUAAAGAAGUACUACAAUCUCAAUCAUCUGUUAAACCUCCGCAAGCCUUUACGACUAGUAGCCUAUUGACUUUUACCAUCGUCCUCCAUGGAGCCAUUGACAGUUAAAAAGGAGACGGGGCCUUCUGCUGCAGUGAUGGAACAGCCAGGCCGUGAUCCUGAGGAGAACAACACCACUGCCCAAGUGGAGAGCAGUGAGAGCCACUCUACAGAGAAAGAUGCUCAGGCAGAGCAGAGAACCGCAGAUAUAGAUACUCCUGCAGAGCAGAGAACCACAGAUAUAGAUACUCCUGCAGAGCAGAGAACCACAGAUAUAGAUACUCCUGCAGAGCAGAGAACCACAGAUAUAGAUACUCCUGCAGAGCAGAGAACCACAGAUAUAGAUACUCCUGCAGAGCAGAGAACCACAGAUAUAGAUACUCCUGCAGAGCAGAGAACCACAGAUAUAGAUACUCCUGCAGAGCAGAGAACCACAGAUAUAUAUACUCCUGCAGAGCAGAGAACCACAGAUAUAGAUACUCCUGCAGAGCAGAGAACCACAGAUAUAGAUACUCCUGCAGAGCAGAGCAACCAGAACCAGGAUUCCUCUUUACCCCCAAAUACAUCAAGUGGUCAGGGGAGCCAGAACUUGGAGGAUCUUCAUACCGAAGCUCUAGUUAAAAAGGAGACGGGGCCUUCUGCUGCAGUGAUGGAACAGCCAGGCUGUGAUCCUGAGGAGAACAACACCACUGCCCAAGUGGAGAGCAGUGAGAGAGGCUCUGAAGAGGAAGAUAAGGAUGGAUCUGUAGAGCCCCAGAUUCCACUCCUCAUCACAGACCAGAGGGCUACUAAAGAAGGUUAUGUGACAAAUUCGAUGCUCACUGGGCUUGUAGUGUUGCUGGUGGCUGUGGCUGUGGCUGUGAGCUUCAUCCCUAAGUCUUCCCCUGAGAACACAGUGUUCAACCGAACAGAGACCUUCCACAGAGCAUUGAAGAAGGUGGAGGUGGCUUUCCCUGGGCAGCGCUCUGAGCUGUGGAGGAGGAGCAGGAUCCACCUGGAGAGGCACCUCCAGACGGCCCGGCCCACGGAGCCAGUCAGCCUGAUGCUGACAGCAGGCCGCAGGGGGGUGAAGACGCUGCACUGCCUUGCCCUGCAUCUGGCCUCCGCCUUCUCCUCUGCCUUCAACACCUCGUCCAUCCUCCACAUCGACGGGGCCAGCAGAGCUGGCCAGGACAGCGACCAGGUCAAGCUGGACAUCGACACCCAGCUGGGGGAAGCCUUCGAGGGAAACCGGUCCGUAGCAGUCAUCCAUCGCUUUGAGGAGCUGCCCCCGGGUUCCACGAUCAUAUUCUACCGCUACUGUGACCACGAGAAUGCAGCCUACAAAGAGGCCUUGCUCAUCUUCACCGUGCUGCUGGGGGGUGAGGAGGAGCUGCCGGCCAGCCUGGGACUGAGUGCCGUGGAGGAGAUGGUGGAUGACCACCUGCAGGACAAGUUCCUCUCCUCUGACCAGCCGGCCGCCUUUGACUUGAUGGACCUGGACAAGUUCAGUGGUCUGUGGAGCCGCAUCUCCCACCUGGUCCUGCCUGUGGCAGCAGAGGAGAGAAUAGAGCAGGGGGGGCUGUGUCACAAUUCCAUAGGGAGUUGAGCAGGAAGACUGGCACCCAAACUAACCUUCUAAUACUACUCCAAUCAAUCAACUAUAUGAAACUUCUAUCAUCAUCAUCAGUUGUGAUGUUUUAAUAAUAAUAAUAAUAAUAUAUGCCAUUUAGCAGACGCUUUUAUCCAAAGCGACUUACAGUCAUGUGUGCAUACAUUCUAUAUGUGUGGGUGGUCCAGGGAAUCGAACCCACUACCCUGGCGUUACAAGCGCCAUGCUCUACCAACUGAGCUACAGAAGGACAUGGUCACAGCACACAGGGACGUGAAUAGAAUAGCAAUGGUUGACCACUUGCCACUUUAUAAGUCUGCUACAAAAGGCAGAGCCAAGAAGGAGACGAGAACCCAGAGAGACAUUGCAGUAAUGUAGUAAUUAGUGAUCAGGAAGACACUGCAGGGUGUGUAUUGUAUGUACAGCAUGUAUGAGAUUGGGUUAAUAAUGAAGGAUGUGAUUAUUAGGAGUCUGUUUCCUCUCAUAUUUUAAUGAUCCUAUAUGUGUCUAUCGAAGAGGUGUGUGUGUGUGUGUGUUGUAAUCAGGGGUUUACUUUGUCAGGAUUACCCAGAUUGCCUCACCUGUCAAGGACUUUGGCGAGAACAAUGUGCCUUAAAUGGAAAUAAUAAAAUAUGGGGAAUGUGUGUA